AUGCUGAGGAAAAAGCCACCCCUGCCUCCGGGGACAUCGUCAUCCCCAGAGAAACCCAGGAGUUCUCCGGGGAAAUCAGCGCCCAAGCAGGAUGAGUUAGCUCGGACCCUGGAGGAGAUCGAGGUCACCGUGAAUCUGAGCAAUCUGAAGAAAACCGCCAUCAAGGAGCUGAAGUGGCGCAGCGCCCGCCUGGCAGAGGCCAACAGCCAGCUGGCGAGGGCCAUCCGGCACACGGACCAGAGCACGGCGCGGCAGGCGCGGCUCCUGCUGCAGCAGUACGAGGGAUUUCAGAGGGUGCAGGCGAUGGUGCAGAUGGUCCAUCGGAACCGGCUGGAUACGGCCAGGGCAGAGCUCCAGGAGAUGGAAAAAACGAUGGAGAGGAAUCUGGGGAAGCUGCAGCAGCAGCUGGCCGAGCUCACGGCAAAGGUGGAGGCUCUCCAGGACGAGCUCAGCAUCCUGCGGACCUACAUCGAUGGGCAGUUCCCGGCACAAGCCGUCCAGACAGUGCUCCUGCAGCACCGCAUCCAGAGCCUGAAGCAGCAGCAGCAGGAGGAGAUCCACAGGACAGAAAAAAUGGUGGAGGCUCUGCUGGGGGAGCUGGAGGAGAAGGUGUGGGCAGAAAAAGAGGCGCUGCUGCAGAAGGUCGUGGAGGAGAUGCUGCUGGACCAGGAUGGCCUGAAGGAGAUGGUUAUAAACAACCACCUUCUGCGCGGGGCGAUACUGCGGGAAAGGCAGAUUAUUAAGGACCUGGAGGAGGAGAUCGGGGAGCUGAGAAGAAGCAUCCAGGCCCUCCAACAAAGCGCAAAGGACCCAAGAGAGGUGAUCUUUGCUGACGUCCUUCUCCGCAGACCGAG